GGCCAUUCCAACCCCAAACGCAAGAGAGCAGGCGGGUGAUAGCUUAGCGAUUUUCACUAAAAAACCCCGGCCACUGGGGCCCCUCUCUCUCAAAUUGACGGGCGGCCUAAAUCGAUUCAUUAGACUUAGAGCUGCGGGUACUCCUAUUCGAGGAGUAACUGCACUAUUCGCCCAAAGAACUCCCCUACGAACAUUAACCGAGCUAAAGGAGGUUCUUUUUAGUGGCCCAGGGUCCAUCAAUCAAUCAAUCAGCGAAGCUGAGGCCCGCAGCGAAGGCUGCUGGGUGCCGCGCGAAUAA